GCACUGCGCGGUCGCCAUGUUUCUUGUUGUGGUGAUCCGGGAGGUCUGAGUCUGCUCUCACAGCUCUGCAGAAACAGGUUUAGUUUGAGAAUUAGACUUGUGAUUGUGUUAUUAGUGGAUUAAACUUCAUAUUACGAUUAAUACUCAACAUGGCGCAGUACAAAGGAGCUGCCAGCGAGGCUGGGAGAGCCAUGCAGCUGAUGAAGAAACGAGAGAAAGAGAGAGAGCAGCUGGAGCAGCUGAAGCAGAAGAUCGCAGAGGACAACAUGGUCAAGUCCAACAUUGAUAAGAAGUUCUCAGCUCAUUAUGAUGCUGUGGAGGCAGAGCUCAAGUCCAGCACAGUUGGUCUGGUGACACUGAAUGAUAUGAAGGCCAAGCAGGAGGCGCUGGUGAAGGAGAGAGAGAAACAGCUGGCCAAGAAGGAGCAGUCCAAGGAGCUCAUGCUCAAGCUUGAGAAGCAGAAAGAGAAGAAGAGAAAGGAGGAACAGAAGAGGAAAAUAGCCAGUUUAUCAUUCAAUCCGGAAGAUGAAGGAGAGGAGGAGGAGGAAAACGAAGAGGAAGAGCAGGAUUACUCUCCAGUUAGGAAGAAGAAACUGGGGAAAAAUCCGGACGUGGACACGAGUUUCCUUCCUGAUCGAGACAGAGAGGAGGAGGAGAAUCGUCUCCGAGAGGAACUCAGGCAGGAAUGGGAGCUCAAACAGGAGAAGAUUAAGAGUGAGGAGAUUGAGAUCACAUUCAGCUACUGGGAUGGCUCUGGACAUCGUAAGACUGUCAAGAUGAAGAAGGGAAAUACCAUCCAGAACUUUCUGCAGAGGGCCCUGGAGGUCCUCAGAAAGGACUUCAGUGAGCUCAGGUCUGCUGGAGUAGAGCAGCUGAUGUACAUCAAAGAGGAUCUGAUAAUCCCACAUCACCACAGCUUUUACGACUUCAUCGUUACCAAAGCCAGAGGCAAAUCUGGUCCUCUUUUCAGCUUCGACGUCCACGAUGAUAUCCGACUGGUGAAUGACGCCACCGUUGAGAAAGAUGAGUCUCAUGCAGGUAAAGUGGUGCUGAGGAGCUGGUAUGAGAAGAACAAGCACAUCUUCCCCGCUAGUCGCUGGGAGCCGUACGAUCCUGAGAAGAAAUGGGACAAAUAUACGAUCCGGUGAAACAGCGGCCUUCUCAAGUCUCUGGAAUCCUUGAAGCUAAAUUUGUUGUUAAUUUCCAUCUAUUUUACUCUAUUGUAACAUAUUCAUCAAUGCUUUAUCAAGAUUUGAUAAAGUAUUGAUUCAUAAUUUGACUUGGUAUUUGAAAUACAAUUUUUUUCCCCGAUGUAUUUGAAUUGCCAAUGCAAUGUUUCCUGUGAAAACAACCCCAACAUCCAUAUGUGAAUAGCUCAUAAACAUGUUGUAGCUUCUAUGCUUAAUAAAAAUGAACCUGGCUAUGACUCUGGACUGAACAACA